CGGUUCACUCUGUAAAGCUUUGUAGUCCUAGAAGUUUCCGCCAUUCACAACUAACAGGACGCAAAAACUCUCUCUCUCUCUCGCUCUCUCUCUUACCUAUAAACACACACACGUACACAGAGAGUGAGAGGGCGAGAGAGAGAGACUGAUUCAAUUAUCAAAUCACAUUUCAUUCGGAGUCUCUCAAGUUUCUCUUUCUACAAUGGAGAGCUUUGUACUCUGUUCUUCGUGGAAGAGUACCAUAGCUUUUUCUACCUUCUCUCGCAUCUCCUUACACCUUCGAUCGCGCCCACAGUCAUUUUCUCUCUCCAAAUCCCCACCCUCCGUUUCUCCCAGACGCACGCCAAUUCGCCCAAUCUCAGCCCUCCGACCACCCCAAUCUCUUUCUUCUCCCUCUCCCUCUCCCUCUCCACUCAACCCCGAAUCUUUCCUGUUCAAUCCUCUACCAAAACCCACAAAAACCCACAAACCAAUAAUCCAAGCCGUCGCAAGUUCGUCCCCACAACAAACCGAAUCAAAAGCCCUUCAAGGCGCUAAGCUUUUACCGCUGAUUUUCUCAGUGUCAGUUGGGAUAAUUGUCCGAUUCAUCAUCCCCAAACCCCCGGAAGUUUCAACCCAAGCCUGGCAAUUACUGGCAAUUUUCCUCUCAACGAUCGCUGGCCUGGUUCUAAGUCCAUUACCUGUCGGAGCUUGGGCGUUUUUGGGUCUCACAACUUCGGUUCUAACUAAAACAUUGACUUUUUCCACUGCUUUUGGUGCUUUCACAAAUGAAGUGAUUUGGUUAAUUGUAAUUUCGUUUUUCUUCGCUCGUGGAUUCGUGAAGACGGGCUUGGGGGAUAGAAUUGCGACGUAUUUUGUGAAGUGGCUGGGGAAGAGUACAUUGGGUUUGUCUUAUGGGUUGACUCUUAGUGAGGCCCUUAUUGCUCCGGCAAUGCCUAGCACGACUGCAAGGGCUGGCGGUGUGUUUUUGCCGAUUAUUAAGUCAUUGUCAUUGUCGGCCGGUAGUAAGCCGGGUGAUCCCUCCGCGAAGAAGCUUGGGUCUUAUCUGGUUCAGUCUCAGUUCCAGGCUUCUGGUAAUUCCAGUGCUCUGUUCCUAACUGCUGCAGCUCAAAAUCUGCUAUGCCUCAAACUAGCUGAGGAACUUGGGGUAAUAGUUGCUAGCCCAUGGAUUUCUUGGUUUAAGGCUGCUAGUUUACCUGCAUUGGUUUCUCUUUUAGCAACUCCAUUUUUAUUGUACAAACUUUAUCCUCCUGAAACCAAAGAUACACCAGAUGCCCCUGCUAUGGCUUCAAAGAAACUGGACCUUAUGGGUCCUGUCACAAAAAAUGAAUGGGUGAUGGUUGGGACAAUGCUUCUUGCGGUUUCUUUGUGGGUCUUUGGAGAUGCUCUUGGAAUAGCAAGUGUUGUUGCUGCUAUGCUUGGCUUAUCAAUACUCUUGCUGUUGGGGGUGCUUGACUGGGAUGACUGCUUAAGUGAAAAGUCAGCAUGGGAUACUUUGGCGUGGUUUGCAGUCCUAGUUGGAAUGGCAAGCCAAUUAACAAACCUUGGCAUAGUAACCUGGAUGUCUGAUUUUGUAGCUAAAUCCCUUCAAUCUCUUUCUUUGAGCUGGCCAGCUGCAUUUGGUGUUCUUCUGGCGGCUUACUUCCUCAUCCACUACUUAUUUGCAAGUCAAACUGGUCAUGUGGGAGCUUUAUACUCUGCUUUCCUUGCUAUGAACUUGGCAGCUGGGGUGCCUGGUGUGUUGGCAGCACUUGCUUUAGCUUACAAUACUAAUCUGUUUGGUGCUCUAACGCAUUAUAGCAGUGGUCAGGCUGCCGUAUACUUUGGAGCUGGCUAUGUAGACCUUCCAGAUGUAUUCAAAAUGGGUUUUGUAAUGGCCCUUGUCAAUGCCGUGAUAUGGGGAGUUGUUGGGACUUUCUGGUGGAAGUUCUUGGGCCUGUACUGAUUUUCAAUUUCCUUGGAUGCGGAUUUUUUUCUGUGUCAUAUGGUGCCAUUCAUUUCCCAGCAGGUUUGAGCAGAGCAACAUUCUCUUCUGAUCACAAUUGCCAAAAUUUUAGUUUUGCCCUUCUAGUUUGGGCUCAUUGUCAGCAUUACUCUAGUGGAACAAUGGCCAUUGAAAUUUCAAAGAUGAAUACAAUUUUAAGAAUAGAAGUUUGAGAAAUGAUGGUUAUGUGAAUCGUGGUGCCUCUAAUUGCAUACAUGACCCUGAGUGAAGGCUCCGUACGAGUAAUCUUCCCCUUUGUUAUUGCAUAAACAAUGGCAUUAUCAGCAGUGACAGGUACAGACUUCUUUGUACCUUGUUUUCUUUACAUUUUAGUAAGGCAAUUUUGUAAUUGGUUGGGAAUAAUUGUGCUUAUUGAUCGACGAAAGAUAUUGAUGAAAUAAAUACACAUUGCUGGAAAGAUAAAAAAAACAGCUUUAUGGGCUGUCGUGUUAUUGCAGAAAGAAUGCCAUGAAUGAUGUUCCUUUGUAGAAGAUUUGUGAUUGUAAUCCAAUUAUGAUGUGCUAGUGCUUCCAUAC